AUGGAGAGGAUAAAGAUCAUGUCUAUAGGAGCGCUGAUAUGGACACUGGCUAUUGGACUUGCUGCAACACAAACCACAACUGAUGUUUUAUGAUCAGGAGUGAGUUCACAACACAAUGAGCAGGUUUGCAGUGUGUGGGGAAACUAUCAUUACAAGACCUUCGACGGGAACUACUUCCAGCUCCCAGCUUCCUGCAACUACAUCUUGACGUCACACUGUUCGGCCAGCUAUGAAGACUUUAACAUCCAGCUGAGACAUCAGGUGGUGGACAACGAACCCACAAUCAGCAAAAUCACCAUGAAGCUGCAGGGGACAGUCAUUGAGCUGACCAAAGGCUCUCUCAGUGUUAAUGGGCAAAUAGUCACACUUCCAUUUAGCAGCUCUGAAGUUUUCAUCGAGAAGAUGGCGUCUUAUAUUUCAGUCAAGGCUGUUUUGGGGCUAGUAGCCAUGUGGAAUGAAGACGAUUCAUUCAUGGUUAAGUUAGAUGACAAAUACAAAAACCAAACGUGUGGACUUUGUGGAGACUUCAACGGAAUCGAGGUUUACAAUGAAUUCAUCAGUAAUGGAAAUACGCUGUCUGUUUCUGAUUAUGGGAACCUCUGGAAGAUGGAUGGUCCAACAGAAGUCUGUAAGGAAGACACAGUAACUCUUGAAGAAAACUGUGGAGAUGAGAAUUUCUGCCGUGAUAUCUUCUCCAGUUCAGUGUUCAGUGAUUGCAGAGGUCGGGUUUCCAUUGAUUCAUUUGUCCAAGUUUGCAUGAAAGACCUGUGCCAUUGCAACAGCACUUCUGGAUCCUUCUGCCUAUGCAAAUCCAUCGCCGAAUAUUCAAGGCAGUGUGUGCAUGCAGGUGGAAAGCCUGAAGAAUGGAGAUCAGAAUAUUUUUGCCCACAUCCGUGCCCAGAAAGCAUGAUCCACCAAGAAUGUGGAAAUCCCUGCACUGACACCUGCACAAACCCUGAAAUAGGACAAGUGUGCGAGCACCACUGCAUUGAUGGAUGCUUCUGCCCUCCUGGCACCGUUUUUGAUGAUAUACACAAUACUGGCUGUAUCCCGCACAGUGAAUGCUCCUGCGUCCUUGGAGGUAAAAUAUUCGCCUCAGGGGAGAGUUACACAAGCAGCUGCAGAGACUGUACCUGUGAACAGGGACAGUGGAACUGUAUCCAGAAAGAUUGCCCACAUUCAUGCUCAGUAGAGGGUGGAUCCCAUAUUACCACUUAUGAUGGAAAAGCCUACACCUUUCAUGGGGACUGCACUUAUGUUCUGUCCAAACAAUGCUCAGGCACAGAAUUCACAGUUCAAGGAGACCUGGUGAAAUGUGGUGUGACUGAAACUGAAACCUGUUUGAAGUCAGUAACGCUGGCAUUGUUAGAUGGAACUAAUGUGAUCAAAGUGGAUUCCAGUGGAAAUAUUGAGGUCAACAGAAUAAUUGCCCAGAUGCCACUUUUUACAGCUGAUGUGAGCAUUUUCAAGCCCUCCUCAUUCUACAUUGUCAUUCAGGCCCAUUUGAUUGGGCUUCGUCUAGAGAUCCAGCUUGUACCAUUAAUGCAACUUUACAUCACAGCCAAUUCAGCGUACCAAGGAGAAACAUGCGGUCUUUGUGGCAAUUUCAACAACAUUGAGACUGAUGAUUUCACAACCAUUGGUGGACUCAGGGAAGCAACCGCUUUAGAUUUUGCAAACACCUGGAAAACAAGAGCAAGUUGCCCUGAUGUCAAAAGAAACUUUGAGAAUCCUUGCAGUCUUAGCACUGAAAAUGAGAAAUAUGCACAGCACUGGUGUUCCCUGCUAUCAGAUCCCUCAUCAGUGUUUGCCCCCUGCCACUCUGAAAUCAGCCCUGAAAUCUACAAAGCAAAUUGCAUAUAUGACAGCUGCAACUGUGAGAAAAGUGAGGACUGCAUGUGUGCUGCUUUGUCUUCAUACGUUCACGCAUGUGCUGCAAGAGGGAUUGCCCUUGAUGGCUGGAGAGAAGCUGCCUGCAAAACGUACACACUAACCUGCCCCAGCACCAUGGUCUACUCUUAUCAAAUGACCAGCUGUGACCGCACUUGUCGAUCCCUCAGCCAAUCAGACAACACCUGCGCUAUUGACUUCGUGCCAGUAGAUGGCUGCGGAUGCGCACAAGGAACAUACAUGAGCGAGAAUGGUGACUGUGUUGCACCUGCCAGCUGCUCAUGUUAUGAUUCAGGCAAAAUUAUUCCUGCUGGAGACACGAUCUCUAAAGAUGGUGGAUCAUGUAUUUGCAAACAAGGGACACUGAGCUGCACUGGGGUAUCGAAUGGGGAAGAGUGCCAAGAUCCAAUGACAUUUUUCAACUGCUCCAGUGCUAGCCCCGGAUCCACAGGAUCGGAGUGUCAGAAGAGUUGCAACACAUUAGACAUGGCCUGCAUCAGCACAGAGUGUGUGUCUGGCUGUGUGUGCCCCUCUGGACUGGUGUCUGAUGGGAAAGGUAGCUGUAUCGCUGAAAACCUGUGCCCAUGCUUCCAUAACGGAGUUGCCUACCAACCUGGAGAAAGCAUUAAGACUGACUGUAAUACAUGUACUUGCAAGGAUAGACGAUGGAUCUGUACCACAAACCAGUGCAGUGGGACAUGCAGUAUCUAUGGAGACGGCCAUUAUAAAACGUUUGACGAGAAAAGAUACGUCUUCAGUGGAAACUGUGAAUACAGCCUUGUUCAGGACUUCUGCAACAACACCACUGGCACUUUUAGAGUCAUUACUGAAAACAUUCCCUGUGGAUCCACCGGCACAACUUGUUCCAAGGCUAUCAAGCUGUUUCUUGGCAGCAUUGAGCUUAGAUUGAUAGAUGGAUCCUACCAAGUUGUCCGUAGAGAUGCAGGAGAGGAGAUUCCCUACCAGAUGCGCACCAUGGGGCUUUACUUGGUGAUUGAGGCCAAUAAUGGUCUGAUGCUCAUAUGGGACAGAAAAACUACUAUACACAUCAAACUGAGUCCAGAGUUUAAUGGUCGUGUGUGUGGUCUGUGCGGAAACUACGAUGGCAAUGCAAACAAUGACUUCACUACGCGCAGUCAAGCAAUUGCUGUUGAAACCCUGGAUUUUGUAAACAGCUGGAAGCUCUCUAAUUGUCCAGAUGCAACCCUCAUCCAAGAUCCUUGUGUCCAUAAUCCAUAUAGAGAGGCAUGGGCCCAGAGACAGUGCAGCAUCAUUACCAGCAGUGUCUUCUCAACCUGUCAUUCACAGGUGGACCCAUCUCCUUUCUAUGAUGCUUGUGUGAGAGAUGCAUGUGCUUGUGAUAGUGGUGGAGAUUAUGAGUGUUUUUGCACUGCUGUAACAGAAAACUCAAAAGACUGUAAAGACUCCGUAGCCUGCAUAACACCUAAAACACCCAAUAUUGCAGCAAUGUUUUGUGAUUAUUACAACCCCCCUGGUGAAUGUGAGUGGCAUUACAAACCUUGUGGAGCACCUUGUAUGCAGACGUGCAGAAACCCCUCUGGAGAUUGCUCUAGUCAGAUACCAGCACUUGAAGGUUGCUAUCCUAAAUGCCCUCACCAUAAUCCUAAUUAUGAUAACAAUAACAUUAAGACAGUAACACAGUAACAUUUUUGCUUUUAUGUUGAUAUGUUACAUUAUCAGGUUGGCCAGCAGGUGCCAACCACAGAGAACUGUCAGUCAUGUUAUUGUACAUCAUUUGGUGUUGUCUGUGACUUUGAUGUAAAUGCAUGUACAUGCCAGUACAACAAUGUGGAGUACAACUUUGGAGAUAUCAUUUAUCACACAACGGAUGGACUGGGAGGUUGCAUCACAGGCAGAUGUUCAGUCAAUGGAACUAUUGAGAGGACUUUGAUACCUUGUGAAACAACUACUGUCCCAACAACCACAUCCACCUUGACCACAACGCAGACAUUAACACCAACCCCGACAACAGUUUUUGUCUUCAGCACCCCAGAUCACAACUUCUCUGCACAAUGA